AUGAGUGCGCCCAACGACCCCCCGAACCAAAAUGCGUCGCGCUCCGACGAUGAAAAGGGGAGCGACGGCAGCCCGACUGGCGAAGGAUACCCCGAGGCGGCGCCGCGACCCAUGGGGAACGCAAAUGUCCCCAAGCCAAAGCGAUUGGCAUGUAUGAUUUGCAGGAAGAGAAAACUCAAGUGCGACGGAAACAAGCCGAGCUGCAGCACUUGCACGCGGCUGGGACAUUCUUGCGCCUACGACGAAGUGAGGAGGAAGAGCGGCCCCAAGAGAGGCUAUGUCAAGGCGUUGGAGGAGAGAUUAAAACAAGUCGAGUCUCUGCUCAAGACAAACGAUGCAGUCCCGCCCGUUCCAGAUAUCUCAAAGUCCACCGCCGCAGCAGCAGCAGCACCACCACCAGUGCCACCCACACCUGCUGCUUAUGACAAUCGCACUCAGUCGGCACCUGCUACCGCCAGCUAUAACGUUGCCACCCCAUCGAUUGCCAUUGCCAACGACCGGGACAUGGACCGAUGGCACUUUAAUGGCGAGUCGCCGCAAGCCGCCAACGUGGAGGAAUUCAACUUUGCCGGAACUGGAAACAUGCCCAUGGGCAUGGAGAAUAUGUCCAACCUACCAAACAAUUUUACCUGGGAAAUGAUUGGGCUGGGGCUAGAAGAACCAUUACCGCCCCAAGAGACGAUUGACGAAUUGCAUCAGAUUUUCUUUGAAAAAGUACACCCAUCGAUACCCAUGAUUCACAAAUUCCGAUAUCUUGCAGCGAUGAAUUUAGCUCCAAACCAGAGACCGCCCGUCUGUCUGCGAUAUGCAAUUUGGUGUCUCGCAUGUUCCAUCACGGACAAAUUCAUGGAUCUCCGAGAUCUAUUCUACCAACGUGCACGCAAAUAUCUCGAGGGAGACUACCAAAAGGGCUACGGUGAACACAUGAUUUCCGUUGCUCAUUGCCAAACUCAUGUGCUGUUGGCUUCUUAUGAGUUUAAAAUGAUGUACUUUCCCAGAGCCUGGAUGAGCACGGGAGGUGCCGUUCGAUUGUCCCAGAUGAUUGGAUUGCACAGAUUAGAUGGCUCGGGACUCGACGUCAAGCAAUGUUUGCCUCCACCCAGAGACUGGACAGAGAGAGAAGAAAGGCGCCGUACCUUUUGGAUGGCAUUCUGCAAAGAUCGGUAUGCUAGCAUCGGCACUGGAUGGCCCAUGACCAUUGAUGAGAGGGACAUUAUGACCCAUAUGCCCUGCUCGGAGGAGGCCUUUGAGAUGAGCAGACCAGAGACUACCUUCACACUCACCGAGUCCAUGAGUCCGUCGGGCGCUGCCAAACUCUCAUCUUUUGGCGGCAUCGUUCUGAUGGCAUGUCUCUUUGGCCGCAAUCUCAUCCAUCUGCACCGGCCCGAUGCUGAUGAUCGGGACCACGACCUCAACGGCGAGUUCUGGAAGCGGCACAGGAACAUGGACAACAUUCUCCUCAACACGUCUCUCUGCCUCCCCGACCACCUCAAACUGCCAUGUGGCAUAGGCAACGCAAACGUCAUUUUCGUCAACAUGAACAUACACACAUCGACCAUAUGUCUCCACCAAGCAGCAAUCUUUAAAGCCGACAAGAAUAAGUUGCCAGCGUCGGUCAGCGCCGAGAGCAAGGUUCGGUGCAUUACUGCGGCAAAUGAAAUUGCCAGUAUCAUGCGAAUGAUUUCUCACCUGGAUCUGUCCUCUAUGAACCCUUUCAUCUCAUUCUGCUUAUACGUUGCUGCACGAGUGUUUGUGCAAUACCUGAAAAGUCGGCCAGACGAUAGUCAGACGGUGGAUUCCCUGCGCUUCUUACUGUCUGCCAUGAAUGCGCUCAAGAGAAAGAACCCCCUGACAGAGUCUUUCUUGGUCCAGCUCGACGUGGAUCUGGAAGCACUCGGCAUGAGAAUACCAAAACUCAAGACUGUCUUCCCCAGAAGCGCUGAUAGCCCGUCCGUCAACCCGACCGUGGCAGCAAAGAUAAGAGCACAAAACUUUGGUACUGAGGCUUGUGAAAAACGCAAUGGUCUCUUGGCAUACAAGAAUGAAUGCCAUUUUUUGAAGACGACUGGUGAUGACGGCAACGCGGCAGCCGCCCCAGACAUUGUGCAGCCAACAUCGAACUCGGGCAUGGGUUCCAACGCCGAUUACAAUCCAGCAUCUCAAAUGUGGAUGCAGAACGAUCAACAACAGCUGCCAACCAGAGAGCAGAGCACGGCACCUGACUCAGGACCGAGGAGCAUGUCAAACCCCAUGAUGUUCCAUGCCGGUGCCCACCCAUCGCGCACAGGCUAUGUCGACGCGUCGAGCAGCAGGACCAACGCCAUGUCGGCAUCACCACACCCAGAUAAUUCCUCGGACCGACCAACGCCCAACUCCAGCUCAGCCUCGGAACAUCGCAACGGCACAUCCGGCCGAACCUCGUUCGAUGCGAGCCCCAUUGGCGUAGGCCAGCAGCACAUGACCACACAGGCCGAGGUCGAUGCGGCGGCCGUGGCUUUCUUUUCGGAAACAAACCAGUUCAACAUGAACACUCCGGCCCUGAACAUGACCGCCGGUCGUGGCUUUGGUAUGCCAGACACCCUUCCCGAUGGCUCGAACCACGGCUACGCCAUGCCGGAUGCGUGGAACAUGAUGCCGGGACAGACGACGGGCAUGACGCCCAUAGCGGACGGUGUGCUCCGGCAUCUCAUGGACAUGCCGCCCAUGGACGCCAUGGACUUGGGAUGGGAGCAAGGCCAAUAG